AUGGCCGCAACCGCGACUCAAAGCCCCGCAAGGCCAGCCGCAAGGCCAGCCGCAAGGCCAGACCGGUCCAACAGUCUGCAGCGCAUGCUCGAGCUAGAACAGGAGUGCAUGCGUGAUCGCCGCACGCAUAUUAAGCGCGGCCAAGUGUCCCCCGAAUCUCAGGGGACUCCAGUCUCCCUGCAGCUCCCACCCAUCGAUACUGGAACUUCAUCCUUGAAUCCCGCACAAAUGUUUGCAACUAUCCACUCGCGUCAGAGGUCCGAUGGGGACCAGCAAAAUACGCUUGCGUCGGCUCAUGGAAGUCCCAAGCGCGUGUCUUUCAGUACAGUAGAGAAGGUCGUGGUGGAUGAUCGCAACGAACUGUGCCAAUCGCCAAGCUGGCAAGCGUACGACCGAAGAAAAAAGGAGAAAAAAGAAAGGGAGCUCGCCGACAGAGAGACGAGCAGAGCCCAAAGGCGCAAGCUCUGCAAGGCACCGCCUUCUCCCUCGACGGCACUUGUAGAGAAGGCUGGCCAGACCCAGACAGGCGCAUGCAUGUCUCACACAUCUCCCGUCCCUCAGCCCCCACCACGGCAACAAGAAGCCACAAGCGAGCGACCUAACAGUGUCGCGGGUUUAUCUACCCCAAAUAUGCCCGCGCUGGACAGCGCGAAACCUCGCGGUCGGUCUAGCUCCAUCUCCUCGCUUUUCAGGGCACCCUUUGAGGUACGACGAGCUUCCCCGGAUACAGACAACCGCGACGGGUUCAUUGGCGGGAUCAAACUCGAGCAACACCGCCUGGCUGCGAACCAAAAGAUCUUGGAGGAUCAAGCAGCCGAAGCCAGGAAGGCGGCGCAAAAGAACAGGAAGCGCUCAGAGAGCCCACUGAGGUACUUGGUGCCCAGAAGCGAGCCAAAGGAGACGCGAGCGUACCCGCCCAUUGCAAUUCACACAACCGGAAACCAAGCCCUCAUUUCCCAAGACGACGGUAUGAUGCGAAAGUGGAAGGCCCGUGUGGGCUUGAGGUCGAGGUCAAGGGAGCCUUUGCCAAACGGCGGCCAGAAGCUUGCCAAGCUGCCAGCGGCAAAAGGAUCACCAAUAUCAGCUCCCGUGGUGAUGAGUUCAUCGACGCCAGACGUCUCCUCGAACACCGUGCAACUUCCCAGCAGCAAAUCGACACCGAAUAUCAACAGUCCGACCGUCGUGCAGAGGAUUCACGGCCCGGUUGAUGUUGAGAAGAUGAAUAUGCUCACGGUCGAUCCGGCUCGCCACCCCAUAUUUGACGAGGGCGGCACCGGCUCAGCCUCUGAGCGCUCUUUUACGACAGUUCCAGAAUCGCCCCCUGCGCCUCCAAGACGCAGCUCCAGAAGAAAGUCAACAGUGAACGCAGAAGACUUGGAGAACCCGGUGCCCCUGUUGUCGUCCCAGACGCUGCCCGUAGCGAAACCAUCGACGGAGAUAGAAGAGCGGCUAGAGCGGUGGACCAUGUCUCAUCCGCCCAGCAUCCCGUACGGAUCGGUGAACCCGAGCACGGAGAGCCUGCCAGCAAAUCACCAGCAGAGAAGAACGUUUAGGGAAGCGGCUCGUGCUGCGUUUAGUGCCCAUACAGCGCUCUCACCACCGGUCAUGCCAGCUGCCACCGCCUACCGUCCCGGCAGCCGAUCUCGCUCGCCUACCACGCGAACCUUGCGGAACACUGACGAGCGUGUCCUCCCCGCCGACAAGUACAACCGACUGAGAGGGGGCACGUUUGGAAAGAACGGCCACAUGCCGGCCAUUCAAGACUGGAGCACAAAUUGUGCAACAGCACCGCCGACGCCUCCCUACCAUUCUUCCGAGGACUCCGCCUGGGAUAGUUUCCGCUCCCCGGGCGAACACGGUACACCAGAUACAUCUAGACCGCAGUCUGCGCGAAGCAUGUUCUCUAGCUUUGGAGACGAGCGAAAGAAGGGGCGCCAAUUCCGGGUACUGCCAUCCCCAGCGUUUUCCCUCGAUGAGACUCGCCAAUCGAACCAGCCGUCGCCGCUGGAGCUCGAUCCUAUCCAAGCCGCCGCUCUCAAGGUGAUGGCCGCUUUCCCCGACUCGAACGCGUGCAGGAGCCCGAGCUUGAAGCCACGCCACGCUGGGGAUGAGCAGCAGGAACUGGCACGCAUCAACACGACCGUUGCAAGGGAACAAGAUCCCGCAUCGAAAUCACCUCCUCUCAGAGAGUUACUCAUGGCCCGCGACGAGACGUCUGUGGUGGUGCCGUGGCCCGCGACAUACCUUGAAGCGGCCAGAAAAGCCGCUCCUUCUGCGCAAGCGCCUCUCAAGUCCUCGCCCACGGUAGGCCCCCAGACUCUGCCGAUACUGCGAGAGCCGAUUGCCAAGACGUUUGUUGAGUGCUGCGCAUGCAAGUAUUUUCACGAUUUGCCGAGCAAGUUGUACAAGGCCAUGGCCAACCCGGACGGCGUGGUCGCUUUGGGUGACGAGGUGAGGGUUGGGGGCAACGUGUCCAUGACGGUCAAGUGCCCGUGGUGCACGCAUGAGAUGACCACUAAGUGCUGCGCUGGGCUAGCGGCCAUGGUUCACGUCAAGGAGAAAUUGCAUUGA